AUGCUCAUUGACAUUCUCGCCUACUUGGCGGUGAUUGCUGGAGUCUCUUACCUAGCUCUCACAUUCCCCCGGCUACUGCAAGAAUGGAAGCUUUACUCACAUCGGUCUCAACUUCCCCCAGGCCCCAAGGUCAUCAAGACAGGCAUCCGAAAGCCAUGGCUCUGGUUCCAGGAAUUGAGUAGAGAGUAUGGCGAUGUCGUCUACCUUCAGAUGGGCCCGACGCCAACCAUCGUGCUCGGCUCAGCCCAAGCGGCGUGGGACCUCCUCGAAAAGAAAGGCUCAAUUUUCUCAUCACGCCCGCGCUUUAUCAUGGGCGGUGAGCUUCUCUCCGGCGGCAUGAGGGGCCUGAUGGCCUCUUACUCCCCUUUUUGGCGGCGAUGGAGAAAGCUCCUGCACAGCGGCUUCAUGCAGCGGCAGAGCGAGACGUACCGGCCGGUGCAGAGUCUGGAGUCCAAAGUGCUUAUGCAUGAGCUUCUCACGAGUCCCGAAGACUUUCGAAGGCACCUUGAACGAUAUGCGGCCUCUGUUAUUGUGACGGUGACGUACGGUAGGAGAGUGGAGGACAUCGCCACUGAUAUCGUUGUCCGACGCAAUGCUGAGUCAAUGGGACGUCUGACCUCGGUCAAGUAA